GUACAAGCGACAGCAAACACAGUAUGUCAAAACAACAGUGUAUUGUUGCUGUAGACACGCAGUAUUGAUUUCACUUCUAGUGCAGCACUGGUCACGUGAAUCUCUUGGAGUGAGGAUCAAAGGCAAUGCACUCUCGUCGCUGUAUGUCGUCAUUUGUUUGAUCAGAUGUUUGAAACCGGAGUAGGAUGGGCUUUCGCACCUGGCACUGUUUACAUCAGAGCUUAAGCGACUUCGCAGCUAGUGUUUGUGUUUACUCUGUUUAAAUUAGAACGCGAUCUGGUCAAACUAAAAACAGGACGAAAGCGGACUUUUUUUCCUAUUUUCCCCUGAUGUCGGACUUCAGCUCGUCGGGUUCAGAUGAGGAUCUGGACCCGGAGUUAGAGCUGCAUGACGAGCUCGGCGGCACGCUCAGCAAGUGGACAAACUACAUUCAUGGAUGGCAGGAUCGCUGGAUUGUGCUGAAGGGCAAUACUCUGAGUUACUACAGGUCAGCAGAUGAGAAGGAGUACGGCUGUAGAGGGUCCAUCUGUCUCAGCAAGGCUGUCAUCACACCUCAUGAGUUUGAUGAAUGCCGUUUUGACAUCAGUGUGAAUGACAGCAUCUGGUACCUGAGGGCUGAACAUCCUUUGCUCCGGCAGCAGUGGAUCGAUACCGUUGAACUUCACAAGGCUGAGUCAGGCUAUGGGUCUGAGAGCAGUUUACGCCGCCAUGGCUCCCUACUGUCCCUCACCUCUGCUGCCAGCGGCCUCUCCACCACCUCCGCAUCCUCCUUCAAGAAGGGAUACAGUCUGCAGGAAAAGCUAGCGGAGAUGGAGACCUUCAGGGACAUUCUCUGCAGACAGGUUGACACACUGCAGAAGUAUUUUGACAACUGCGCAGAUAUUGACAGUAAAGAUGAGCUCCACAGGGACAAAGGUGAGGAAAUAGAAUUUAAUUUUCCAACCUCACGGCCAGAUGGAGAUUAUCUGCUAAACAACAACAACAGCAGUAAAGAGAAAUUAUUCUCUGUGGACAGCCUCAAAGGUUCCUUAGGCAUCGAUUUCAAAGGUGAAGCCAUCACGUUUAAAGCUACAACAGCAGGAAUCCUGUCCACACUGUCCCACUGCAUCGACAUUUUGGUCAAAAGAGAAGAGAGCUGGCAAAGACGACUUGAUAAGGAAAUUGAAAGGAGAAGACGUGCUGAAGAUGCCUAUAAAGCUGCACUGACGGAGCUGAAGAAGAAGCCUCAUUAUGGAGGACCAGACUAUGAAGAAGGACCAAACAGUCUGAUCAAUGAAGAGGAGUUCUUCGAUGCUGUGGAAGCUGCAUUGGAUAAGCAUGACCAGAUCGAAGAGCAAUCGCAGGCAGAAAGGAGCAGGGCAUCUCGACAGAUCUCCCUCCCUCCAGACACCUAUUCCUCCAUCAGCACUCAGAAAUACUUGACUAAGCCUCGCAGUCAUACUUCCUCCUUGUCCUCCGUUGACCUUAUAAGUGCCUCCGAUGACGUGCACAGGUUCAGUGCUCAGGUUGAGGAGAUGGUGCAGAGCCACAUGACUUAUUCUCUACAGGAUGUGGGUGGAGAUGCUAACUGGGAGCUGGUUGUUGAAGAAGGGGAUAUGAAGGUGUACAGGAGAGAGGUGGAGGAAAAUGGCAUCGUUCUUGAUCCUCUCAAAGCUACUCAUGCCGUCAAAGGGGUUACAGGUCACGAGGUCUGCCACUACUUUUGGGACACAGCUUUUCGGAACGACUGGGAGACAACUGUUGAAAGCUUUCAAGUGGUUGAGACACUCUCAGAUAAAGCAGUUAUCAUUCAUCAGACACACAAGAGGGUAUGGCCUGCUUCCCAGAGAGAUGUGCUUUAUGUAUCAGUUAUCCGUAAAAUUCUCUCCACCAAUGAGAAUGAUCCAGACACGUGGCUGGUGUGCAACUUCUCAGUGGAUCAUGACAGCUAUCCACCCUCUGCUAGAUGCAUUCGUGCCAAUAUCAAUGUAGCCAUGAUCUGUCAAACUUUAAUCAGCCCACCAGAGGGAGACAAAGAGAUCACCAGAGACAACAUCCUCUGUAAAAUCACAUAUGUGGCCAAUGUAAAUCCUGGUGGUUGGGCCCCUGCAUCAGUCUUACGAGCAAUAGCCAAGAGAGAAUACCCCAAAUUCCUCAAACGCUUCACCUCGUAUGCUCAAGAGAAGAGCAGCGGUGAGGCUAUUCUCUUUUGAUCAACACCGGGUUGUUCAAUCUACAUUUCCAGUUUGCUUUCCGACUCCAAUGAAGUAACGCCUUAUACACAUCACUCACAACAAAGAGCUGCUCAGCCAAAGUACUCUUGACACUCUUCAGAAACCUUGUCAAACCGUUUUCAUACAGACUGAACAACAGCGGUACACCAAAGUCUGUGAAAACACCUUUGAACAGUACAAACACACUAGAAAAACCAACACAGCCUGUUCAUCUUUAAAA